CUGUAACAAUGGACCGUCUCAGAAACCCAAGAGUGCGUCUCCUCUGUCCUAUAGGAUUGCUCUGAGUGGGAAUCAGCUGCACCCCCUGCCAGAAGGAACCCGCAUAGCAUACAGGUUAAGCACCCUGCUGUAAGCUUUACCUUGGUGGAAUUCAAACACCCCCCACCCCCCUCUCUUCGAGAGAGAAAAGCCCGGCCAUUUGCUCCCCUAAAAAAUGAGAACUUAGAAAACCCUACACCUGCAGUUGUACUCUUGUCACAUGGGGUUCAGCACGAGUCAGAAUGAACUGGGCAUCCAACAGCACCACCUUCCUGCUCGCCCCACCCCCCUUGACCCCCCCAUCAGCCAGAGUUAGAUUUCAGGAUUUUCCAUCCGACUGGAAAAACAGGUAUACAUCUACUGAGCCUUGUUCUCACCCUUCUGUCACGGGGCCCAGGGGUCUCCCUGCCCCUAGGACGGGUCCCACAUAUCAGUUGUCAUGCAUCGCUCAGGAUCUUGAAAAGUGCUGACACCCCCUCUCCUGAGCUCAGGAUGUUCCCUCCCCAUGAGAACCCACCAAGUAUGCUACCCCGGGCAUAUGUACCCCAGCAAGCAAACCUGGGAACCCUUGCCCACCCUCUCCUCACGGGGGCACCCAGGGGCUCCCAGCGCAGUCAGGGGACUGGAGACCUAGGACUUUCUCCUUCACAGUAUCCACGCUGCCUACAAGAGGGGUCCAGGAUGGCAAGCCGGGCAGAGCCGGGGCCGUGGGCACUGGAGUCCUCAAAUGCCACAUCCCGUGACUUCCAUUCAGAUCCUGCCUCGCAAGUGGCCAACGCAUCGAAGCUCGGCAUGCGACGCUCUGUCCUGGUUCGGAACCCAGGCCACAGAGGCCCAAAGCCCGCUUUUGAGGAGCUAGACUCCGACUCCGAGGACCUGGACCCCAACCUCGAAGACCCGGAUCCACUUUCUGAAGACCCAGAGCCUGACCCGGAAGACCUCAACACUGUCCCCGAAGACGCAAACGCCAGCUUUGAAGAUCGGGACCCCGCCUCGGAGGAGCUGGACCCCCAGCGGCCUGCGGAAGCUCAGCACCCCGACUUGGGGAACCCGGACUCAGAGCCCCAAGAUCUUGAUCCCAUGUCUUCAAGUUUCGACCUCGAUCCAGAUGUCAUUGGCCCCGUCCCCCUGGUUCUCGACCCCAACAGCGACACCCCCGACCUGGACCCCCUCUCCUCCAGCCUCACUGCCACCCCCGAGGUUCUGCCCACCAGCCCCGCCGUGCUCACGGCCCCCGCCAGCCCGCCGCGGCCCUUCUCCUGCCCGGAUUGCGGGCGCGCCUUCCGCCGCAGCUCAGGGCUGAGCCAGCACCGCCGCACCCACAGCGGCGAGAAGCCCUACCGCUGCCCGGACUGCGGCAAAUCCUUCAGCCACGGCGCCACCCUGGCCCAGCACCGCGGCAUCCACACGGGCGCGCGGCCCUACCAGUGCGCAGCCUGCGGCAAGGCCUUCGGCUGGCGCUCCACGCUGCUCAAACACCGCAGCAGCCACAGCGGGGAGAAGCCGCACCACUGCCCGGUGUGCGGCAAGGCUUUCGGCCACGGCUCGCUGUUGGCGCAGCACCUGCGCACGCACGGCGGCCCGCGCCCCCACAAGUGCCCGGUGUGCGCCAAGGGCUUCGGCCAGGGCUCGGCGCUGCUCAAGCACCUGCGCACACACACGGGCGAGCGGCCCUACCCGUGCCCGCAGUGCGGCAAGGCCUUCGGCCAGAGCUCGGCGCUGCUGCAGCACCAGCGCACGCACACGGCUGAGCGGCCCUACCGCUGCCCGCACUGCGGCAAGGCCUUCGGCCAGAGCUCCAACCUGCAGCACCACCUGCGCAUCCACACGGGCGAGCGGCCCUACGCUUGCCCGCACUGCUCCAAGGCCUUCGGCCAGAGCUCGGCGCUGCUGCAGCACCUGCACGUCCACUCGGGCGAGCGCCCUUACCGCUGCCAGCUCUGUGGCAAGGCCUUCGGCCAGGCCUCCAGCCUCACCAAGCACAAGCGCGUUCAUGAAGGCGCGGCUGCUGCCGCUGCCGCUGCCGCGGUCUCUGGCCUGGGUCUGAGACCUGUGCCCCUGUUGAGACCCAGUCAGGUCCCCCUCCUGGUUCCCGAGGCAACCUCUUUGUUGGCUUCUGACGUCAGCAGCAACGCUGGUCCCAGCCCUGGCCUUAGCCCUGAGCCUGCCACUGCACUGAGUUCUCUGUGCACCCCCAACCCAGAACCUGACCCAUCUUCUGACCUGAAACCUGGCCAUGACGCUGAUCCUGACCUGUCGCCCAGCCCUGAGCCCAAACCCGAGUCCCGCCUUGACCCUAAACCCUCUCCCAUCCAUGACUCUGGCAGCCCAGCCCUCCCUGCCCGGGAGAGCCCAGAGUGGCCCAGGAAGCAAGGGACACUGCUGGGGCCCGAUGGCUGAAGGGUGCGGGCAUACAGGGUGCCCGGGGAAGUUGUGUGUCGUGCAGUUAGUAAAUGCCUCCCACUGCCUACUG